CACCGCCCAUUUUGUUUACCUGAAGGAAACCAGAGACGGAAACUACCAGGAAAGGAAGAAGAGGAAAGAAAAAACACAGCCUGAAGAACAGAAAAGUUUGUUUUUGGAUUGUCCUCGUUAAAUAGGAGCGAGUUGUUUUGUUUUAAGUCAAAUUGGAUUUUAUAGAUACUUUGGAGUCUUUUAUAGAUACUUUUACAGUUUGUUUCCCUACCAUUUUAGCAUUACAAAGGUGUAAGUGAGGGAAGUGGGACGUUCAAAGUAAUGGGAGGAGCUGCAGGGUUCUCCAUGUAUGGACUCCAACUCUGUUUGUAUGGUAAAUAGAGGGUCACAUGGGGCAAUAGUCUUGGAGCAGUGGGGGAGAAAGGGAGGGAAAGGAACAAGGAGAGUGUGAAGUGAUACUCUGCGGGACUUUGGCCUGCCUAAUGUGCAGGAGGCAGCAAUUUCACCCUGAGUUUAGAGGACACUGGAUCCCACUACACAGAGGAAUGAAAGAAAAUAUUUAGAGUGAGUGCCAUGUUGAAGUCAAACUAAAACUUUGACUGCCUCAACAGGAACUUAAUUUGACUUCCUUUGGAUAUAUUUUCUCCACCCUGUGGGGGUGAAGGUUCAACAGCUAGUGUCAUUCUGGUAGUCGUCACUGAACAGUUUCUUCAAUACAAUUGAAGAGCAAAGAUGCCUACCAACUUCACUGUAGUACCAGUGGAGGAUGCAGAGGGUGGCAGCAGCAGUGCAGCUGCAGCUGGAAGCAGCAAACCUGUCAGUUUGGGCAAAAUCUUUGGGGAGAAAGAUGAUGAGGACAACUUACAAGGAUCUCACUCAGGAGAUAACAGUCAGAGAGAGUCUACUCCAUUCAUCAACUCAGACGACGACAGAGAACAAUAUUAUGAAGGCAAGAACAUGGCCCUGUUUGAGGAGGAAAUAGACAGUAACCCUAUGGUAUCGUCUCUUCUCAACAGGCUGGCCAACUACACCAACCUGACCCAGGGUGUUCGUGAGCAUGAGGAGGCCGAGAACGAGGAAGGGGUCAGGAGGGUCAUGGUCACGGUCCCCCAAAUGGGAACCUUCAUUGGAGUUUACUUGCCCUGCAUGCAGAACAUCCUGGGCGUGAUUCUCUUUCUGCGUCUCACCUGGAUCGUCGGCACAGCAGGAAUCCUGGGAUCCUUCGCCAUCGUCUCCAUGUGCUGCAUCUGUACCUUGCUCACAGCCAUAUCAAUGAGCGCCAUAGCAACCAAUGGAGUUGUCCCAGCCGGUGGCUCGUACUACAUGAUCUCCAGAUCGUUGGGUCCAGAGUUUGGAGGAGCAGUGGGUCUCUGUUUCUAUCUCGGAACCACCUUCGCUGGAUCAAUGUACAUUCUGGGCACCAUAGAGAUUCUGCUGACGUACAUUGUUCCUACAGCAACAGUGUUUAAAGAAAGCGAAAGUGCAGCAAUGUCCAACAAUAUGCGUGUCUACGGCACAUGCUGCCUGCUCCUGAUGGCUCUGGUAGUGUUUGUCGGGGUGAAGUAUGUGAACAAACUGGCUCUAGUGUUUCUGGCCUGUGUGGUUCUCUCGAUUAUGGCCACUUACGCAGGAGUCAUCAAGUCCAUCAUCGAACCGCCAGAGUUUAACGUCUGUCUGCUGGGAAACCGAUCUCUGAGGAAUGAUUUGUUUGAAACAUGUGCCAAGACAGAGGUUGUGAAAAACAUCACUGUGAUCACCGAGCUAUGGAGCCUCUUCUGUGGCAGUGAAUAUGCCAACGCAACCUGUGAUGAAUACUUCACCUCAAACAACCUGACAGAGAUACGGGCCAUACCUGGGCUCCUGAGCGGAGUUAUCAAAGACAACCUGUGGGGGGACUAUGGUCCAGCUGCUACGCACAUAGAGAAGAAAAGCCAGCCUUCGGUGCAAGAAACCCAGGACACGCCAGAUCACAUGGAUAAGCCUUACGUCUUCAAUGACAUCACCACCUACUUCACUCUGCUGGUGGGAAUAUACUUCCCCUCUGUCACAGGUAUAAUGGCUGGUUCUAACAGGUCUGGGGAUCUCAGAGAUGCCCAGAGGUCCAUCCCAAUAGGAACCAUAAUGGCUAUUCUCACCACCUCUUUCAUCUACAUCUCCUGCGUGGUCUUGUUCGGAGCCUGUAUUGAAGGCGUCGUGCUGAGAGACAAGUUUGGUUACUCAGUAAAGAAGAACCCAGUUAUUGGUAUUCUGGCCUGGCCGUCACCCUGGGUGAUUGUGAUUGGCUCGUUUUUCUCCUGCUGUGGGGCGGGGCUUCAGAGCCUCACUGGCGCCCCCCGCCUGUUGCAGGCCAUCGCUCGGGAUGGCAUCAUCCCGUUCUUACAGGUCUUUGGUCACGGGAAGGCUAAUGGUGAGCCCACCUGGGCUCUGUUGCUGACAGUUGGGAUCUGUGAGAUAGGAAUCCUCAUCGCUUCUCUGGAUGCCGUGGCCCCCAUCCUCUCCAUGUUUUUCCUCAUGUGCUAUCUGUUUGUUAACCUGGCCUGUGCUGUUCAGACUUUGCUCCGUACCCCCAACUGGAGACCUCGCUUCAAGUUCUAUCACUGGACCCUGUCCUUCUUAGGGAUGAGUCUGUGUCUCUCCCUCAUGUUCAUCUCCUCCUGGUACUACGCCCUGGUUGCCAUGGUGAUAGCCGGCUGUAUCUAUAAGUACAUUGAGUACAGAGGGGCAGUGAAGGAAUGGGGAGACGGGAUCAGAGGUCUGUCCUUAAAUGCAGCCCGCUAUGCUCUCAUCCGGCUGGAGGAAGUACCAUUACACACCAAAAACUGGAGGCCUCAGCUGUUGGUUUUGUGUAAGUUAGACUCUGACUUGGCGGUGAAACACCCGCGUCUCAUGUCCUUCACUACGCAGCUCAAAGCAGGGAAAGGACUGACCAUCGUCUGCUCGGUCCUGGAGGGAACCUUUAUGACCCGCGAGAAUGAUGCCAAGACUGGAGAGCAGAACCUGAAAGCAGCGAUGGCUGCAGAGAAGAUGAAGGGUUUCUCCCAUGUGGUGGUGUCGUCCAACCUGCGAGACGGUUUCUCCCUGCUCAUCCAGUCAGCAGGACUGGGAGGAAUGAAACACAACGCUGUCCUGAUGGCAUGGCCAGCAGGCUGGGGACAAGCCCGGGACUCCUCGGCAAGAAGGAACUUCAUAGAAACUGUGAGAGAGACGACGGCAGCUCAUCAGGCUCUGAUGGUUGCUAAGAACAUUGACCAUUUCCCUAGUAACCAGGAGCGUCUGAAGGAGGGAACCAUUGAUGUGUGGUGGAUCGUUCACGAUGGAGGACUGCUCAUGCUGCUGCCAUUUUUGCUGAGUCAACAUAAGGUAUGGAGGAAAUGUAAAAUGCGAAUCUUCACGGUGGCCCAGAUGGACGACAACUCCAUCCAGAUGAAGAAAGACCUCCAGAUGUUUCUCUACCAUCUACGCCUGGAUGCGGAGGUUGAGGUUGUGGAAAUGCAUGAAAGCGACAUCUCCGCCUUCACCUAUGAGAAGACGCUGGUGAUGGAGCAGAGGUCUCAAAUGCUUAAACAGAUGCAGCUGUCCCGCACUGAGAGGGAGAGAGAGAUUCAGAGCAUCACAGAUGUAUCGCGCGGCUCCAUAAAGAGGAAGAAGUCAUCAGGUGUUUCUUCCCUCAUCACCCUGUGCAUACCAGAGGAUGAGGCACAGUUGAUCCACGACCGGAACACAGCGUCUCACGCUACAAUGAAUGACAAAGCUGCAGGUGCCACACCAGAUCGUGUCCACAUGACCUGGACCAAAGACAAACUGGUUAACGAGAGGAACAGACAAAGAGAAGGAAUGGGAGUUAAGGACAUGUUUAAUAUGAAACCAGAGUGGGAGAACCUUAACCAGUCCAACGUACGAAGGAUGCACACGGCGGUGAAGCUGAACGGUGUGGUGCUAAAGAAAUCCCGUGAAUCACAACUGGUGUUGCUCAACAUGCCGGGCCCACCGAAGAACAAGAAGGGGGAUGAGAACUAUAUGGAGUUCCUGGAGGUCCUGAUGGAUGGCCUAGACCGUGUCCUGUUGGUUCGUGGAGGUGGUCGGGAGGUUAUUACCAUCUACUCCUAGCACCAAGAGGUUCCUAAUUGUUUGGAAGGGCACUGUAAGGAAGCAUUGUUGGACAGUAGGACCCCAAAGGGCAGGGGGUUGACAAUUGAACCUGGACAAAGAUGUCAGACAAAGGAAGUACAGUCAACUCCCUUUCACGGUGUCAGGAGAAAAUAAAGGAGGGCCAUGGUUGCUGGGAAGGACAGGGGAGUCUGCCUGCAGCACAGCUUGAGCUCAGUGCAUCGUCUGGGGCCACAGAAGGCUCUCUGCUCCUGGGGCUCCUUACCUCCAUCACAUCUAUACACUGUAAAAUGUGUGGCUGCACUUCAGAGAUAUUCUAUCCUCAGAAAAACCUUUUUUAAAGAGCUGUCAUUUUAAUGUAAUAUGUUAUAUUGCUUCACCAGGCAGUUGUAGGAGGAAAGAACACUCACUACAGCUUGUUAUUAGCAUCAUUUAAUUAGCAUAACACUGACUGUGGUAGCUGGCAACUGGCUCAUUGGUUUCAACAAAAGAUGCUAACAAAGCUAACAUAGGGAUUUUAUUUAUUUCAGUGCCGUCAAUGAAACUUUUCAUUGACAUAUAACGCACACCUUCAGAAUCAGGGAAUGAGUUGAACGUGUUUUUAAGCCAUUUUUACAGAAUCUAAAUUUUGCCUCAUAUCCCUGUAUCAGAAGUUAAAGCCAAAGUCCCAUUGAUACUAUCAGGACAGUAUAAGGUUAAAUGUGGCAGUAUUGAUUGUAAUCUAGAGAUCCUCUUGAACAUUGCUUAUGAACUGUUUUUGUUGUCACAGAUAACAUUAGUGUGAAAGGGAAGAGAUAGUGAAAAUGCAACAGAGUAAGUGCAACUUUUGUGAUUUUAGUACAUUUUAGUUGAGUUAAUGAUGUAUUUAAAGGACGUAUUAUGAUGUAUUGGAGCAACAUGUUAAGGUGCAUGUGUGAGUUCAUUGAAAGCUAGUGUGCAUUGAUGAGGAAAACUGAGCAACAUGGAGCCUACAUAGUAGUAUUUGUAUUUAAUAUUAUUAUGUUUAAGUACAAUGUGUCAAGUGUUAGUUCAACAAAAGACACACAAAUUAAACAAACCAAAAAAGAGUUUAGUCUGGAUCUGUGAUGGGCGAAUUCACAAAGAAUGGAUUGCGGCCGCUGAUGGCACCAUGAAUUGCACAUCACUGUCUGCCCCUGAAGGUCAGAUUCACUAAAGAUAUUGUCAUAAUUACAGUAUAUUUCAGCGCAAAACUUCCACUGAACUCCAUGAUGUGCAAGCACAAUGUGGACACUUUUAGUUAUUUUCUAGUUUAGUUAUUUUCUGUAUAUGUAAAAAUGACUUGUUUCUUAACUCUUUGAAUGUGUUGGAAUAUAAACUGUAAACAAGCUGAAGUUAGAGAGUUUCCUUUUUCCGUGAAGCUGGAAUUUAACCAUUAUCAAUAUCACCAGAUAAUAUGUCAGUCUGUACACGGCAUCAGCAAUAAAUCAAGAUUUACAUCUUAAA